AAACUCAAACAAACGAAGAAGACAAUUGUCCAAUCAGUGUAAUCUCGAGAAGUGCCGGGGUAAACGAGAUAGUGUUGGCUAAUGCGCUAGCAAGGAACUAUAAAAACGGACUUUGGAGGUAUAAGAGAGACACAUUUAUAUUUGUCAAAGGGUCACCGCCGCUAGCCAUGGAAACAGAGGGCUUUGGGGAGCUGUUGCAGCAGGCAGAGCAGCUGGCUGCGGAGACAGAGGCCGUGUCUGAGCUCCCCCACGUGGAGAGAAACCUGCAGGAGAUCCAGCAGGCGGGGGAGAGACUACGCUCGCGCACCCUCACACGCACCUCUCAGGAUGCAGCCGACGUGAAAGCGUCCAUCCUGCUAGGCUCCCGAGGGCUGGACAUCUUCCACAUCUCCCAGAGGCUGGAGAGCCUCAGCGCUGCCACCACCUUCGAACCCUUGGAGCCGGUCAAGGACACAGACAUCCAGGGUUUCCUGAAGAAUGAGAGGGACAAUGCGCUGCUGUCGGCCAUCGAGGAGUCCCGUCGCAGGACGUUCUUGCUGGCGGAGGAGUACCACAGGGAGUCCAUGCUGGUGCAGUGGGAGCAGGUGAAGCAGAGGGUGUUGCACACCCUGCUGGGGGCCGGGGAGGACACGCUGGACUUCAGCCACGACGCCGAGCCCAGCUUUGUGAGUGAGGUAGCUGUUCCUGGCAGGAGUGCUCUGGACAGCGUGGAGGUGGCUUAUGGACGACAGAUCUACAUCUUUAAUGAGAAGAUCGUGGGCGGUCACGUCCAGCCCAACCUGGGAGACCUGUGUGCUUCUGUAGCCGACAGCCUGGACGACAAGAACGUGUCAGACAUGUGGCUGAUGGUGAGGCAGAUGACAGAUGUGUUGCUGGUUCCGGCCAAGGACACUCUGAAGAGCCGCACAGCUGUGGACACACAGAUGGCCUUUGUGACGCAGGCCCUGCAGUUCCUGGAGAACAGCUAUAAGAACUACACCAUGGUGACGGUGUUUGGGAACCUGCAGCAGGCUCAGCUGGGGGGGGUGCCAGGGACCUACCAGCUGGUCCGCAGCUUCCUCAACAUCAAGCUGCCCGGACCCAUGCCUGGCAUGCAGGACGGGGAGGUGGAGGGUCACCCCGUCUGGGCUCUGAUCUACUUCUGUCUGCGCUGCGGAGACAUGGCCGCCGCCAUGCAGGUGGUCAACAGGGCGCAGCACCAGCUGGGGGACUUCAAGACCUGGUUCCAGGAGUACAUGAACAGUCCGGACAGACGACUGGCCCCGGCCACAGAGUCCAAGCUGCGGCUCCACUACCGCCGCGUGCUGAGGAACAGCGCCGACCCCUACAAGAGGGCCGUCUUCUGCAUGAUAGGGAAGUGUGACAUCAGCGACAACCACGGCGAGGUGGCCGACAAGACCGAGGACUACCUCUGGCUCAAGCUGAACCAGGUGUGUUUUGAUGACGAUGGCAGCAGUGCCCCGCAGGACAGACUGACCCUGCCCCAGCUCCAAAAGCAGCUGCUUGAGGACUACGGAGAGUCUCAUUUCUCGGCGAGCCAGCAGCCCUACCUGUAUUUCCAGGUGCUGUUCCUGACGGCCCAGUUCGAGGCGGCCGUGGCCUUCCUGUUCCGGGUGGAGCGGCUCCGGAGCCACGCCGUCCACGUGGCGCUGGUCCUGUACGAGCUGGGCCUGCUGCUCAAGGCCUCGGGACACAGCGCCCAGCUUCUGAGUCAGGAGGCUGGCGAUCCCCCGAUGGUGCGUCGACUCAACUUCAUCCGUCUCCUCAUGCUCUACACGCGCAAGUUCGAGUCCACCGACCCCCGCGAGGCCCUGCAGUACUUCUACUUCCUGAGGAACGAGAAGGACAGCCAGGGAGAGAACAUGUUCAUGCGCUGUGUCAGUGAGCUGGUCAUCGAGAGCAGGGAGUUUGACAUGUUGCUAGGCAGACUGGAGAAGGAUGGGAGCAGGAAGCCAGGAGUCAUAGACAAGUUUGCUGGGGACACGCGGGCCAUCAUCACCAAGGUGGCCCUGGAGGCUGAGAACAAGGGCCUGUUUGAAGAGGCAGUCAAACUUUAUGAGUUGGCCAAGAACCCAGACAAGGUUCUGGAGCUGAUGAACAGGCUGCUCAGUCCGGUCAUCGCUCAGAUCAGCGCAGCACAGUCCAACAAGGAGAGAUUAAAGAACACAGCCCUGGCUAUUGCUGAGAGGUACCGUUCCCAGGGAGUGGCAGGAGAUAAGUCAGUAGACAGCACGUUCUACCUGCUGCUGGAUCUCAUGACGUUCUUCGAUGAGUACCACGCCGGCCACAUCGACAGAGCCUACGACGUGAUGGAGAGGCUAAAGCUGGUUCCCCUCAGUCAGGACAGUGUUGAGGAGAGAGUCGCUGCCUUCAGGAACUUCAGUGAUGAGGUGAGACACAACCUGUCGGAGGUGCUGCUGGCCUCCAUGAACAUCCUGUUCACCCAGUACAAGCGUCUGAAGGGGGCGCCCACUGGCACGCCUGGACGGCCACAGCGCUCGCUGGAGGACAGAGACUCGCAACUGCGUAGUCAAGCGCGAGCCCUCAUCACCUUCGCUGGCAUGAUUCCAUACCGCAUGGCCGGAGACACCAACGCACGAUUGGUUCAGAUGGAGGUCCUAAUGAACUGACCCAUGACCUUUGACCCCCCUGAAGCCCAAACCAGUUAACCUUUACCCAUCCCCAAUCUGAAUAUGAUUUGUCUUUUUGACUCCUGUUCAUUUUGUCUUUGUGUUGUCGCUCAGUAUUUGUAUUAUUUUUUUCAUAUUUUGGGAAAUAAAAUUUCUGUUUCA